AUGAAUUAACAAUUUGAUACAGAAGAAGACUCAAUUAAUUCCGACGAAGCCAUCAAAUUCAUUGAAUGCAAAUCGCUCACCCCCAAUUUUCAUAUCGACUGCAAUGAAAAAGAUUCUUCAGUUCAUAACAGGAUGAAUGCGAUAAACACAUUGAUGUGUAAAUUUAAAGAAUCAUUGGUCUCCAAAGACGAAAUAUUCACACAAUCAUCUCCAUUUAAGUCCACGAAUGGCAUUUCAAGUCAAAAUGGAUUCCAACAAAGCGAAAGUCCAUCCUAGACCAUUAAUGCAGAAGAUUUCACUAAAUAAGAUAAUGUACAUUUGGCUGAUUCACGUUAAAGACGGCAGAACAGGAAUUCUAUUGAAUAAUUCAUAGGUAUGUAAAUUCACUAAAAUCAUCGAAAAAGUCAAACAUAACUAUCAACUAAUAUGAUAUAGACUCGUAAUGCUAAACGAUAAAUUUUUGUCACAUAGAUUGUGAAUGAUCAUUGCGAAAUUACAAGUUUUCCCUUACCUAAACCCCAAAGAUUGUCGAGGAUUAUUUAGAAUAAGGAUGGAUUACAAUCUCAAAGAGGUAGUUCUACAUCCACUCCCAGGGGCAUUCUCAAAUCCACCUCAUUUGAAGUCUUGAGGAUAGGCAGCAGACCCAGCACUCAAAGUCUUAAUAGUUCUAUGGUGAGAUCGAGCAGUAAAAGGGUUUCCUUCGAAUUUACAAGUCAAUAAAUACGCAAAAUGAAGGAUAAUAGAGCCAAUUCAGAGAAUAGCAAGUAUCAAAGAUUGAAAACCAAGUUUAAGAGAUGA